UGGAAAGCGAACUGUUGCCCGAUCUAACAGUGUUAGCUACAUCACGACCAACGGCAGAACACAUAUAUACACAAUUAUCAUUUGAUCGAGAGGUUGAGAUCUUGGGUUUUCGUGAGGAACAAAUAAAAGACUAUGUUGAAAAGUUUUGCCGUAAUGACAUGGGCAAGGCUAUAAAGAUGUGGGAUUUUAUCAAGGAGUCACCAGAGCUUUUGAGCUUAUGUUAUAUACCUGUUAAUUCCUAUAUCAUUUGUUUAACCUUAAUAGAAAACAUUGACGUUCACCAAAUAGAAGAAGACGGAAGUCAGACUUUCCAGAGCAAUGCCCCAGGAACAAUUACAGAGUUGUACAAAAGAGCUAUAAAGAUUUUACUAUUCAGGCACCAUGCAAAUUACAAAGAUAAGCCAAUUCCAAAAGAUUAUAUUAUCGCAAAGCUCCCAGGGCAGUUUCAAAAAGACUUGGAAAAACUCAAAGAAAUUGCUAGAAAUGGAAUGAUGAAAGAUCAGCUGAUAUUUGAGUUUGAAAGUGGUGAUAAUUAUGUUGCUGAUUUAUCAUGUACUGGUAUAUUCAAUAAAUUGGAGGACAAACGACGUAACAUAUUCAGUUUUCUUCAUCUAACAAUUCAAGAGUUUCUUGCAGCACUACACGUGGUUGAUGACAUUGACAAUGUUGAAUCAUUUUUAAUUAAGCACAUUGAUAAUCCAAAGUGGCAUUUGGUAAUCCAAUUUGUUGCUGGCUUGAUUGGAGAUAAAAUGAGAGAACUGAAAGAGGAAAGAAAUACAUCACAAAGGUAUGGACAAUGCCUAUUAUACCUUACAAUAAUACGAAUCUUAAAAGAUUACAUACUUUGCAAAGUAAGCCUUAAAAGUGCAAACGAGUAA